AUGAUGUGUAAAAAUGCUGCGAAACAGAAAAAUAGUGACCCAAAGUUCAUUCCAUACAUCACUCCAAAAGCUCCAAAGGAAGCUGUUAUUUCUAUACCAGCUCUUUCGUCCUUUUCAACCUUAACUUCUGUUCCCACCAACCUAGAUUUAGAAAUUGUCCAAGAAGUUUUUGGUUUGCUACCAGAAAAAAUAAUGGAGUUUGAAUUUUUUGAAGUAUCUAAAAUUGCCACUCCUAACAAAAUUUCACCAGUUAUUUCGUCUUCGAAUAACAACAAUAAUAAUUACAACAAAGUUGAUGAUAUUCCUGAAAACUUUUCUUCAAUCAAAAAUAGGUCAAAACUUUUGGACCUUGAUGAAUAUCUCGAAGAUGAUAAUAUGAAAGAAGACCUAAAAGAUUUCACAGUUAUCACCAAAGCUAUCCUCUUUGCAGUUGCCAGUCAUAUUAAGUUUACACCCAAAGAAAGGAAUAACAGCAAAAUUAUUCUUACUAUUAAUAAUGUUUUUGCUCAAAAUGACGAUUUUUGA